UGUUUUCACCCUGGCGGCGGUGCCUGGCGCUGGGCUGGGGUAGGUCGGCGUGGAGGAUUGAGCUGGUCCAGAAAGGAGUGACCGCGGCUGGAGGGAGCCAGGAGGGACGGAGGGAAACGGGGAGCGGGCGAGCAAGCCCGUGGUCGUCGCCUGCCACGAUGUCAGCGCAGUGCUGUGCGGGCCAGCUGGCCUGCUGCUGUGGGACUGCCGGCUGCUCCCUCUGCUGCGGCUGCUGCCCCAGGAUCCGACAGUCCCGGAGCACCCGCUUCAUGUACGCGCUCUACUUCAUUCUGGUCGUCCUUCUCUGCUGCAUCAUGAUGUCAAAAACUGUGGCUAACGAGAUGAAGGAGCAUAUUCCUUUUUACGAAGAUAUUUGUAAAGGCAUCAAAGCUGGAGACACGUGUGAGAAACUGGUGGGAUAUUCUGCGGUGUACAGAGUCUGCUUCGGCCUGGCCUGUUUCUUCUUCGUCUUCUGCCUCCUGACCCUGAAAAUCAGCAGCAGCAAAGGUUGUAGAGCGCAUAUUCACAAUGGCUUUUGGUUCUUUAAACUUCUGCUGUUGGCGGCCAUGUGCUCAGGAGCUUUCUUCAUUCCGGAUCAGGAGACCUUUCUGAAUGCCUGGCGCUAUGUGGGAGCCGUCGGGGGCUUCAUCUUUAUAGGCAUCCAGCUCAUCCUGCUCGUGGAAUUUGCUCAUAAGUGGAACAAGAACUGGACCGCCGGCACAGCUAGCAACAAGCUGUGGUACGCCGCUCUGGCCCUGGUGACACUCAUCAUGUACUCCAUCGCCACCGGGGGCUUGAUUUUGAUGGCAGUGUUUUACACCCAGAAGGACGGCUGCCUGGAAAACAAAAUUCUCCUGGGGCUAAACGGAGGCCUGUGUCUGCUUAUUUCCGUGGUAGCCAUCUCGCCUUGGGUCCAAAAUCGGCAGCCACAUUCCGGGCUGCUGCAGUCGGGGCUCAUAAGUUGCUAUGUGACGUAUCUCACUUUCUCGGCUCUCUCCAGCAAACCUGUAGAAGUAGUUCUGGACGAGCAUGGAAAGAACGUUACGAUCUGUGUGCCAGACUUUGGUCAAGACCUAUACAGAGACGAAAACUUGGUCACUGGACUAGGUACCACUCUCUUGUUCGUGUGCAUCUUAUAUUCAUGCUUGACAUCAACCACAAGGUCAAGUUCUGAUGCUCUGCAGGGCCGAUAUGCAGCCCCUGAACUGGAAGUGGCUCGGUGUUGUUUUUGCUUCGGCCCCGAUGGAGAGGACACCGAGGAGCAGCGGACCGUGAAGGAGGGACCGCGGGUCAUUUAUGACGAGAAGAAAGGCACUGUCUAUAGCUAUUCCUAUUUCCACUUCGUGUUCUUUUUGGCUUCCCUCUAUGUGAUGAUGACUGUCACCAGCUGGUUCAACUACGAAAGUGCCAACAUUGAAACCUUCUUCAGCGGAAGCUGGUCCAUCUUCUGGGUCAAGAUGGCCUCCUGCUGGAUGUGUGUGCUGUUAUACCUGGCAACCCUGGUCGCUCCCCUCUGCUGUCCCUCUCGGCAGUUCUCCGUGUGAGGGGGAUCUGGGCAGCCUGCAGGCUGGAGGUGACAUCAUUUGAACAAGUGUCCCAGGGGUCUGAGUAGUGACUGGUGUGUUGUGAAAAGCUGGAAUCUUCGGGCUGGUUUGAGUGGGUCUGAAAAGGCCUUCAGAAAGAAAAAAAUCACCCGAUUAGCUUUUUAAUUCUGAAAAUCAAAAAGAAAUGACCAGUUUAUCCCAAAAGAAUUGAAAUCUUCACCCAAGCUGAUCCUGAGUGAUCAUGUACUUUGUGUGCGUCAUAACCCUAAAAACUGGAAUAGAAGUUAGGCUAGUCUUUUGUUUAUGUAUGUUUUUACCAACACAGGGUUUGGGACACGACAUCUUAUCACAGGAAUACAGCUUCCUUUGUGUGGCCUGUCAUUCUUAUCCUUGGAAUAGAAAAACAUGCCAAGAUCGUGAGCCCUUGGCCUCUGACAGAAUACCGACCCCUCUCACGCACCUCGGCUGGAAGUCUCAUCCCCAGUGGGCUCUGCAGACAGAACCCAGCCUGCAGGGCCCUUGCUCCCGGCUACUUGGUAUUUAUAGGGUCCAAGAGGAAGCACCUGCUUGAAACCACCCUUGUGCUGUUUCCUCCUGGCCCCCCAGUGUUGCCCUUUGAAGCUGUGAUGCUGGGAAUCACAGCUUCGCUCUCUGCCCUUGCCCUUCCCAGAGGUCCCCUCUUCCUUUCUGAGCUCAGCACCUUUGCUUGAUAAUGUGAAAAAGCACAAUUUGCCAUCACUACCGUGUGGUCCCCACUGUAUUCUUCCUACCUGAUCGGAGUUACUGCAAUAAUUAUAACUUCUAUUUGUGGCGGUGUUCACAUGGUUAUAGAGCAGUAUUCAUGUUGUUUUCUUCACUUGAACAGCGGAGGGCUAUCCUUCUAUAGUUCUUACUUGUUUGUACUUACUAAUGGUAAUAAUACUCUAGGACCUUACCUGUAAACUUGCAUCUUGACUUAAGCUGGCUGCACCCCUCUUCUAGUUAUGAAAGCCAGCCGAUUUCUCUUCCGCCCUGCGGCCUUUGAAAUUGUAAGAGCAAAAGGGCUUUUGUUUCCAGGAUCUGUAAUGUGACCAGGGCAUUAAUAUCCAGUGUGGUUUGUUGGAGUACAUUUGCUGAAGUCAGGAUCCCAGGCAGCCCCUCAAACUGGGCUGACGAGAUAAAAGCCUAUUAUACAAGUUGUGGAAGGGGCCAAAUAUACUUAGAAGAAAUGGGGGAGGGGCGGGGCAUGGAAGAGGUGUUUAAUUAAGCCAUGAACAACAUCCAUGGAGAUUUCCAAGAACACAGACUUGGAACGCUCAUAAGAGAUGUGACUUCACACGGCUGCCCAAGAUUUCCAUGUUCAGUGUUGGUGUCCUCAGUCAUGGAAGAGUUUUCUCAGUGGAACGGCCGUUAGAAACCCCCGUGGAGACACGGUGGCGGUGCUCCUGUCAGUGUCUCACGCAGGGUGGAAAGAGUCCUCUCGAGUUCCUGGCACAGGGAGAGACACGGCCUGUAUUUUGUGUGCCCUACUGUGCGAGUUGGGCCGAACUGGGUCCCAGUGUGCCAAAGUGUGGGUGUGGGGAAUUAGUCAAAUUUCUGCUCCUUGGCCCUCCUCCCAGAGAAACUAGAGGAAAACAAAUUCAGUGGAUGAACUCCUCUAGAAUCUUGCCUUAUUUAUAAUGUUUAAGGUUCUGUUUUUAAAGGCACUGGUGUAUGUGUGAGGACCUUGUUUUGUAAACUUUAUCCACUUUAUUUUUUUAGGCCGGAGGCUCUUUGAGCUUGGCGGUUGGAAGGUCCUAUGUAUCACACAAUGGAGAGCGCUGCGUGCGGUCCCUGUUAAGCCAGUGGGACUGGGAGCUCUGUGGGUCGGGGACAGAUUGAGGGCAUGGGCUGCAUGUUUGUAUGUGUGACAGAACCUGACAGAACCCUCCACAGCGGCGAGUGUGGCUGUGACACGGGGCUCUGGGUAAGCUGAGAUUGGUUUUGGGAACUCAAGAGCCGGGAUGCUAGUUUCGGGGUGGUUUUCUUCCUGGUAGGGCCUGGCUGGCUGGAGCCGCCAGCUCUGUGACUUUAGAACUGGUCCUCGGGGCAGCUCACAGUCCCGCCUACAAGACUUCUGUUCCUCAGCUACCCUUGGUUGGCGGGCUUGCCCUGCAGAAAGCUCAGGGAAACACAAAGGGAAGGGACAUUCACUGCUGGUGGCUGGGCCCUCAGAGCUUCCUUCUUCAGCUGGCCCCGCCAGUCCUGCGGCUGCCAGCUGCUUCAAACUUGGUUUGUGGCCCAAAGUUCUUGUUGAAGUUUAGUCUGACGCGAGAGGAGGAGUUGCAGUCAGUCUGAUGUUUGUGCUCAACUGAGUCUUGAAGAAAGUUUAUCUGAAUGGUGAGUGAUGUGGAUAUACUCUACGGACUGAGGGCAUAUAAAUAAGUUGACUUUAAUGAUUAUUAAUUGUAAUAAAUAAUACUCAGGUGAUGAGUCAACAUUUGUGGGUUUAGAGAACCCACAUUUUUGUGCUAUUGUGAUUUAAGAAACUGGAAAAAUUGUGCCAAUUGCUUUGAGUUGCUGUCAUGGUGUUCAUUUGAUAAACUCACUGAUCUCGUAUUCAUAUAAUUUUGCUUCCUACAACUUUUUGUAUGCGAUUCUAAAAAGUACAUCCCCUGAAGCUGCUGGUCAGACUCCUUUAGCGAUGAAAGUGGAAGUGUUUUUUAAAAGACUAUAUGUGUAUGUUUCCCCUGCGCUAUUCCUUUGACGUGAAAACUUUUUUUCCCUUCUCGUUUUUCAUGAGUGAAAACACUAAGUGGGGGAAGGGAUUCUUCUGGGAACGUUGCUGUGUACCUAGAUACGUCACCUCACUAGAGGCCAGAGACAUUUCUGUCAAAGGCUUUCGGCAACCCAGCUUCGUCCAGACUGGGUUGAGUUUUUGUAAUUCUAGUUGGUUUUGCUUUUGUCCUCUUGGUUUCUUGGAAAUGGCUUGAAAGAAUUGUUUGUCAGAGACACUUGGGGCUCUUUCACGAGUAGAUGGACUGUGUGCACGUGAGCUGUUGGAGGGUGGGGUUUCUGGAGAUCUGGGGAACCGAUGCCAUUUGCGCCCCCACACCUCAUUGUCUAUUUCCAGUUCCUCAGAGGAUCCUUCCUUCUGGAUGACCUUCUUGCAGUGCUAAUCCCACUCCCGCCCCCGGAUUGUCCCCUCUCCCUAUUUAAGAUUAUAUACUUAUUUAACAAUAGCCAGAAGUUGAUCACCAUUGGUGCUGGUGCUUCAUGUUACCCUGCACAGGGAAUUCAGAGCCUGUGUUUAAGCUGCCUUGGCUUUUUCCUCCUCUGACUGCCUUUCUAAAUGGCAUUUCAGUUUGGCCUACUUUUGUAUUCUACUCCUCUUGGGAAUGAAAGCAAUUUGGGCUGAGGCCCUGCGUGUCCAGAGAGAGUGCCGGGUCCUUCUUAAUCAAGGACAGUGCCGUAGCCAGUCUGUCAUGGAAUUCGCUGUGGGAUAUUCUCCUGAUAGAGAACGACUCCCUCUGCUUUGUUCUUAAGGCCUCCAUGCAUCCCACCAUCUCUAAGAUGCUUCUAAAGCCUCAGACACUUGAAUCCAGUGUCGCAUUUCAAGCAGAGGUGGGCUCUCCAGUGUUGAGCCUGUUGGACCUACCUUACAGGACUAGAGAGCUGUCUACACAGAUCUUUCAGACUAAUGCUGGUCAUUCUAAAGAUCUCUCUCUUUUUAAGAUUUUCUUCAUUGGUAGAUCAUUCACAGAGGCAUUCGUUUUGAAAGGAGGAAAUAUUUGGCUUUUACCAAAGAGAGUUUUUUGAUUGUUUGUUUUUAAGCAAAAUUCCUUCAGAAAAAAUUAAUUGGGUAAGGAUAGAUUUAAAAUGCCUAUGUCCAAAUCCACUUCUACAGGGGUUUAAUCAUAUUUAUGUGAGUAAAGUGAUAAAGAAUUAUUUAAGGUAAUCCUCUGGGUGAAGGGUCCUAGGAAAUUCAGGUAAAGAAAGUUUGCAGCAGAUGUGUAAUAUAUGUCUUGAGAGUUAUUUAUGAGAAAUGUAAGAGGAUUGUUUUGCUUUCCUAUAUUAAAGAUUUAAGUUCUUUUUUACUUUGCAAAAAAAUUCUACGAAAGUUUUAUACUCAUAACUUUGUUAAUUUUUUAAACUUUUGUGAAAUAAUUAGCUGUAGCCAAAUUAUGUGUUUAUGUUUUGCUAUAUUAGAAUUUGAAAUUUAUUAUGUGUGGUAAAUUUACUGUUUGAAAUUUAUAAUAGCCUUGGAUAUCAUUAUAGUUUUGGUAACUUUUUAAAAAGUUAUUUUCUACCCUCUAGACACAAAGGCAACUGUGAGUUUGUAUUUGUUUUUUGAAUGCUAAUUUUUCUAUGAAGCAUCUGAAGUUGACCAGUCUUUGCUAUGUAGAAAACUCAAAACUUGUUAACUCUGUACUUUAAUAAAAUUUAAAAUGGAAAA